GAGAACCGAAAUACGCGGAUAGCAAUUGUGGAGGGGUGACGUGUUUGCCACAUAUUUUUGGGGAGUUUCGUAGUCGACGUUCUCGUGUACGAUCCCAGCCGACCCAGCUGGGUAAAUAGAAUUCUGAACCGUUAAAACCCACUCCCCACGUCGCGGGGCGCAUGAAGGAGCACGAGAUGGAGAACGAGGUAGAAGGUGACACGCUGGCGCAGGGACAAACCCGCGAAUCCGCCAGCGGCGCCAGCCAGCAGCAGCAGUUACCGUACGAGAUCGCGGCAGCAAAUGUACGCUCCAGCUUGGCCGAGAUAGAAACGCAAACGUCAAAUCUACUGAACCGACUGGAAAACGUUCGGAACACGUCACACAAGAAGCUGGCAGGUGAGCAGUCCCUGACGCCGGCCGCGUCGCCUCCAGCGGCAACGUCGGAGGGUGACAAGACAACACAGCAGUCCAGCGGGCACGCGCGGCCACGGAAUGAGGGGCCACCGAAGCGAACACCUGCCGAGGUGAUGGAUCUUUUGGAGCGGUUGCUGCUCCGAUCGGUCAAUGGUAGCAGCAACGACGAGGAGGAACAGGACGAGUUCGUUCUGCCACCGCUGGACGAAGUAUCCCAUCUGGCCGUUCUGCAGCACGCCACCACCGCCUACCUGUGUUCACUCGAACGUCAGCAACUCGCUCGAGCCGCCGUCCGCCUCACAUCGGAUGCGUUGAAUUGGCAGGCGUCGCUGUUCAAAUUCCCCAUCACGAACAGUACCGGCUACUAUCGGGAUGAUGGCGAGUGCGUGCUGCAGGCACUGCGUAUGGCACUGAUCAACCAGCUGAACGACAAUCGGCUGCAACGCGUGCAGAGCGCCGCCGUCUAUCUGUCGGAGAUGGGGCAUCUAUUUACGAUGCAACACGCUUGCCGCUACCUCGGUCUGCCCAUUGCCUCCAUCCGGGUGGUACCGUGCAUCAAGACUGGCGACGCAGCCGGCCAAAUGGAUCUCGAAGAGCUGGAGCGGAUCAUAACAGGUGACGUGGCGGACGGGUGGCAGCCGUUAUUUCUAAUGGCCACAGCCGGCUCGCCGAUAACGGGCGCUUCCGACAAUAUCGCGCUGUUGAGCAUUAUCUGCGGUGCCCAUAAGAUGUGGCUGCACUGUCAGGGGCACGGGCUGGCUGCCUUUACCCUUUCCGACCACUUCACACCGAGCCCCAAAUGUAUGCCGACCUCCUUGACGCUUAGCCUCAAUAGUUGGUUCGGCGUGUCUGGCCUGCCGACAGUGCUCGUCUACCAGCAGUCCCGCAAUCGUGUAACGACGUUCUUCGACAACGAUCCGGUAACGGCAAACCGCAUCAACUGUCUUGGUACCUGGUCCGCACUGCAGGCGCUCGGCAACGAUGCAAUCACAGACCGUAUCUUUGCCGCGUUCGAUUCCUGUCGAUCGCUGUGCCAGCUGCUACUAGAAAUAGAAGGAAUCAGCGUGCUGAGCAAGGUGCUACCGGUGGGCUCGAGCGAGGAGUAUCGAGACAUGCUCGCCAAUGCGACCAAAUACAAUGAGUUGUUCGAGUUGGCAGUGCCGACGGUCGUGUUUCAGUUUGAUGGGCGCAACAGUACAGUAGCGGAGCCAAGCAACGACACUACGGCACCCCUAGAUGACAGGGAGGCAUUGUGCAUCGAAAAGACGACCGGCAAUGCGGGAUACUACGAUCGGCUAAACACUUGGCUCGGCCAGAUACUGAUGCGCGACUGUCCACCGCUGGCGCUCGAACUAAUCGAACACGAGAGCAAUGGGAUUUGUCUGCGCUAUUAUCCGUUUCUGCCCGGGUACGGGGAACAGUUGGUCGGUCGGGUAUCCAAGAUGGUAAGCGAGGCCGGCCAAUGCAUACGCACGCAGUGCGACAUCCUGCACGCUACCAUCCAGCACCGGGUGCGCUUCCAUCGGCUGGUGGAGGCGAGCGGCUCGCUACGCCCUAUCGAACUGCACGACUGGGCCGGGCUCGGUGGCGUACAAUACGUGCCGGAGGGCUGGGAUGCGAUGCUCACUGAUCAGACCAAGGCCGAGCUGAACAAGCUCAACUCGGCCCUGGUCGAUGAGCUGCAGCAGACGGAUGGUGCGUUUUCGCUCGGCGAGAGCAGUGAUGGGCUAAUCUGCGUCAGAUUCGGCAUGGUGACGAGCGAAACGGACAUCGAGGAACUGCUGGAACUGGUAAUCAGUACCGCCCGGUCGAUACAAGAGCAUUCCAAGAUCCUGGACACAAUGUCAGAGAUUCUGAAGAAGGGCAUCGAGGCGGCCACCAUGGAUCUGCAACGCGAAGCGGAGGAAAAGCUGUGGCAGGAGGGUAUCCUUCGGCAGGUACCGCUGGUUGGCCGGGUCGUGAACUGGUGGUCACCGGUUGCCAAGGAAACCGGCAUGAAGGGUCGCAGCCUCAACCUAACACAGGGUGUCGUCGAGAGCACGGAAAACAUCUACAAAUACCAUAUGCAGAUGACGCCGAAGACGUCGACUGGACUGGGAGGCAGUAAGGGACCGCCGGCACCGUUGGUACAGAAGCCGAUCGGUAUUAUCGCCGACGAAAGUCAGUCGUUCCAUUCAUGCAACACUAGCUCGAACUCCGAGCUUACGAACAGCGCCAGCAACAGCAACAUUCCGCCGGUUCUCGCCAAAUCGGUCCCAUCGCUUCCUUCGACGAUGACUGGCACGGUCAAAUCCGAGGCUAUUGAAGCAGUUGGAGAAAAAGCAGAUGAUGGAGGAGCAGCGGUUGCCGGUGGGGCGGCGAAGGAAUCGUAAAUCUUAGAAUUGAAACAGCACACUAGCCCGUAGAAAAAUCAAGCAGUAACACUGAUCAGCAAUAAUUGUCCGUUUUUACCAAAGCAACUGAUCAGCAAUAAUGGCGUCAUUUGUAUUUGUUGAGUUGAAGUAGAAUUCGCUGUGAGAGGAGCAAGAGAAGGAAUCUUUCUUUUGGACAAGAGAGUGAGAAGCAAAACGGAGCAGGGUUAGGGAUGGUUAGUAUAGAUAGAGAUGCGUACAGUCUGUUGCUUGUCCAAUCCCGAACGUUUUUGCCACCUCCGAAGACGAGGGUACUGGCGCGAAUGCUUCAGAGGUUUAGGUUGGGAUGUUGAAUGAGUAACGCUACAAGCAGUUAGCAAGUGGAGCAGCUCUGCACAUCCAGAAAACACACACACACACAUCCGAGUAUUUAACAUGUAAUCCGAAGCACGGUUCACGGAGUCCCUACCUCGGCAGCUGCUCUGUUCCGUUCUGUUCUUCCCGCCACACGGCUCGACAUUGUCGGCGGUGGGCGGUCGGCCAGCUGAAGAUGGGUUUCGCUCUUGCACUCAAAUCCUACCGCCUACUCGUUCACCUGUUACUACACGGAAUAUGUAAAUAACGCGAAAAUAUACGUCUUAAUGCUUUCGCGAGAACCACUUUCUUC